ACGCACUGUGCAACUGGCUGUCAAGUCACUCGGUGCACGAGCUCAAAGACCUGGCUCAAGAGCUGCACGGUUGCUCUCCACGUAAUAAACAAGCUGUUUGUUUUCUUCACAUAGCUUAGGCCUACAAACGUAGCAAAGAAAUUGCUGAAAUUCAGUUUAUUGCCUGUAUUCAGUAUUGAAUCAAAGGUGACGUGUCAAAAAAUCGUUCAUGCAAAGCAUUUGGUGUCUUAUUCCUCGUAUUUUCCGUGACAGUUGUGCAAGAACAAAGAGUUCCAAAUCUGUGUAUGUCGAAUUUCGAACUUCCUUGAAGCCGCUUAAUUUGUUUUCUGAAGAAAAUAGUUCCAACGUCAUAAAGGAGAAAUGGCAUCCAAACUUCGUCGCCCGCCCCUUUUCAGCUACAGUGAUGGCAGCGUUUGUUUGAGUUCUUACCCUCAGUACACUGCCUGCAAGAACAAGCAGCCAUAUCCAAUGGAGUGUGGCGUGUCUGCAACCUACCCGUCCACAAAUGGAGGAGCUCCUAAUGGUAUAAUGACAGAUGUUCGAAGUGAACGAAGCCCAGCAAAAUCUGGUUUGCACGUGAACUUUAGCGAGAAGGGUGAAGUGAAAGAAAGAAGGGAGAAGUUCCUGACAGCAAAAUAUGGAAGUCAUCAGAUGAGUUUAAUUCGCAAGAGGCUAGCAGUGGAAAUGUGGUUGUACGAUGAACUCCAGAAGUUGUAUGAGCCUUCGGAGAACUCGAAAACUCGAGAGGUUGAAGUAGACAUCGAUGAAUUGCUGGAUAUGGACAACGAUGAUCAGAGGAGGCGACAUCUGCAGGAGCUCCUGGCAGAUGCCAAGAAGUCACAGCAUGAUGUUAAGAAAUUCGUAGAAGAUCUGUUAGAGAGAGCUAAGACUCUUUGAAGGAUGCUGCCUGGUGCCAUCUCUAAGGAGAAAAUGGGAUCACUUCCCGGAGGAAAAAGGGUGGUGCUGAUGCCAACCUAAUUCAUCCAUCCACCCGGAGAAGUCCAUAUGAUGCUCCAAGAACCAAUGGAAUCUGCAUUAUGUAUGGUUAGCUAGGUCAUGAAAUGACUGUUGUCAUUCAUGCAUUCAUUCAUCAGUGAUUCAUCAGCAAUUUACUUCUUUAUUAUGAAGCUUCUGUGUAUGUUGUCCACAAAGGAAUCAAGGAAAUAAAUAUUGAUAUGUUUCUGACUGUAGGAUAAAAAUGCAAUUGUUCACUGAUGGUGUUUUUGUCAGAAAGUGUUUUCCAUUUAUUUUAUGCUUUGGAACAUGGACAGUAUAUUGUGAAACUUUAAAUUUGUAGUAGGCAUAAUGUCAGUAAAACCGAUAUUCAGAGCAUGUAACAUUAAUUCAGGGUUGAGAAUGGAAUAAGAGAAUGAAAGCUCAACACAUCUACGAAGAAACUUUCAUAUACUGUCAUGAGAGGAAAAAUUGAGAUAACAUGAAUAAUAUCUUCAUCUUUAUGUCCACAUUCUGUUGCUGAACACCAAAUUAAGAUAAGAGAGAAGAUUAGUGUUUUUGCUGCCGCCAUCAUCAUCAUCAUUAUCAGCAUCAGUGUUUCUACUAGUGAGUGGAUGUAGUAUGUUGUGUGGUGUGGGUAAUGUGACAUGUUCCAUUAGCUAGUCUUGAAUCACCAAGCUAUAGAAUUGUUUUAUAUGUAUUUUUUAUAUGUUUAGGCAUUGUUAACAUGAUUACAUCUCAGUAACAUUAUAUCAAGGGCUGUCCACUUUCAAGAAAAACAAUACAUCUGAAAUUACAAUGCUUAUACUUUUUGAUACAAUAUUUAAAUUUUAAUGAAGUAUUUCAGUUUGGAAAAUUGUAGCUUUCAGGAAGCUGUGCAGUAGUUUCUACCUUUGGAAACUUGAAAUAAAUAUUCAUAGCAAGAUUUUAAUAUCCAAG